UAGUCGAAUUUACCACCUUCCUUUUCGUUCCUUUUUUUUCUUCUCUCUUCCGAAACACCUCUGCCACGCGAGUACUCUCCACGCUCUUCGACAGUCGUGACCAUCUUCUUCUCCGAUCGUCUUCACCGGUUUUCUUGGGCAUUCCCUCGUGCAAUUGUUGCAAUAAAUACGACGAAGAUGGUUGCUAAUAAUAAUACUAGUAGCAAUCGCAGGAAGAGAAUCAUUACUGAAGGCGACAUCGCCACUCUUUUGCUGAGGUAAAAAUAUCUCCUUUUUUUGUUUUCUCUUUCCGAAAACGUUAGUGGAUUUGGGUUUAGUCAGUGUGGCCGGGGUUUUUGAUUUAUUGACGCAGAUAUGAUAUGGAGACGAUACUGAGAAUGCUACAGGAGAUAUCUUAUUGUUCCGAAACCAAGAUGGACUGGAAUGCGUUGGUGAAGAAGACCACUACCGGAAUUACUAAUGCUAGAGAGUACCAGUUGCUAUGGCGUCAUCUUUCUUAUCGGCAUCCUCUCCUCCCUGUGGAAGAUGAUGCUCUACCUCUGGACGACGAUAGUGACAUGGAGUGCGAAUUGGAAGCUUCUCCUGCAGUCAGCCAUGAAGCAUCAGUGGAGGCUAUUGCACAUGUCAAAGUGAUGGCUGCUUCAUAUGUUCUAAGUGAGUCUGAUAUACUCGACGAUUCAACAGUUGAGGCUCCCUUGACUAUAAACAUACCUUAUGCUUUGCCUGAGGGUUCUCAGGAACCAUCAGAGUCUCCUUGGUCGUCAAGAGGGAUGAAUAUCAACUUUCCGGUCUGUCUUCAGAAAGUUACAUCUACCGAGGGGAUGAAUGGAAAUGGUUCAGCUGGUAUUAGCAUGGCUUUUCGGAGGAAAAGGAAAAGAUGGUCUGCUGAGGAGGAUGAGGAGCUGUUCGCCGCUGUAAAGCGAUGUGGUGAAGGGAACUGGGCUCAUAUUGUUAAGGGAGACUUUAGAGGAGAGAGAACCGCCUCCCAACUCUCGCAGAGGUGGGCGCUUAUAAGAAAAAGGUGUCACACUUCGACCUCUGUUAGCCAAUGUGGCCUACAAGGAACUGAAGCGAAACUAGCAGUUAACCAUGCAUUAUCUUUAGCUCUGGGAAAUCGGCCCCCUUCAAAUAAGCUUGCAAUAGGUCUUAUGCCAACGACGUCAUCUUGUACCAUCACAGAAACGGAAGCGAAUGGGGGAAGUUCUUCUCAAGGUCAACAACAGUCCAAACCAAUUGUUCAAGCAUUGCCUCGGGCAGGAACAUCACUUCCGGCUGCAAAGUCUCGAGUUGUUAAAAAAACAACAGCAAGCUCCACUUCCAGAUCGGAUCUUAUGGUAACAGCUAAUUCAGUAGCUGCAGCUGCAUGCAUGGGUGAUGUAUUGACUGCUGCAUCAGGACGAAAGGUCGAACCUGGAAAAACUGAUGCUCCACGAGUGCCAAAGACUAAACCUGUAAAACAUGCUUCUACAGUCUGCAUGCCUCAGCCCUCAGGUAGCCUCUCCAUGCCAAAGGUUGAACCAGGAACGAGUGUUGCCGCCUCUAUACGGUCUCUAGCUAAUGGAAAAUUGAAACCUGUUAUGGCUUCAUCAUCUUCCAACAAACCUCCUCUCAUAGCUCCUCGUUCAGAAGGAUCUUCAAUGCUUUCUGCUUCCGCCCCCUUGGCUUCUCUAUCAAGGAUUGUCUCCAAUCAGAGAGUUUUUGCAGGCUCUGUCCCAGCUACUGAGAUUGUCACUUGCAAACCAGAUGGUGGACAGAAAGGGCAAGCUCGUGGAAAUGAAGCAAGCUCAUCGGCUGCAAUCCAGCCACAUCAAAUAACCUCAAGAAACUUGGAGAUUAGCCAGGGAAAGCAGGCUACACAGGCUCAGUCCCCUAAUCUCUUGCCUAGGAAAGUUCCAGUAGUUCGGACUGCAGUUCAUUGUGCCACUAACCAAAAGUUGAUGGAUAAACCAUCUGAUCAAACUGUAGUACCUAUCAGAGGAGCUGGUUCGCAAUCUAAAGCCAAAGGUGAAGUAAACAGUAAGGUUGGUCCGGUGAUCAAAGUGAGUAGUGUUUGCGGAAAACCCCUUGAGGUUGCAACUGUGGCAGGGACCGGACAGGGUGUUUAGUUCUUUGACAAAAUCGUUGGAUACUCUGUUUUGGAGCUUUCAUUUGUAGUUUUUAUUAGACUGAAAGAAAGAUAUGAUGUAAAGGAAGCCAUUCAGUACAUUGGUACUAAUUAAUAAGAAUCUCAUAUACUUACAAUCUUCAAACUCUA